GGUUGCAGAUACUUUUUUGGUACCUACGAGGACGAACGAGUAGCGGUUGGGUGUGCAAAUAUAACAACUAAAGUUUUGAGUUUUUCUGUGCUUUCAUUAUAAUUGCUGUUAUUAUUGUUGUUGUGGCAGUGUGUGCAUUAGAAUUAUCAACGAAGAACAACGCGCAAACGCUCAGUUCAAAAAUCAAAUUAAAUUUCCAAAAUGAAAAUGAGUUCUACACUGCGUUUACUCGCCCUUUUGGGUGUGAUUGUGUUAGUGCGAGCGCAACAACAGAAUGUUGAUCCCGCUUACCUGCGUCAAUACUAUCAGCAAUUGCAACAGCAACAACAUCAACAACAAAGCGGCGAUGCUACGCCAAUUUACGAACAAAAUUCCGAGCAAACACAACAGUACGUGGGACAAGGACAACAGGUCCAGUAUCGCCUGAAGGAUACCGUGCGCGAACAGAUACAGGCACAACAACAGCAACAACACCAGUCUGGCGGUUAUGUAGCGCCUUCGGUGCGCGAUUAUCAGCCGCAACAGGUGCAAUACCAGCCGCAGCAGUACCGUCCACAGCCGCAAGCCGUUAGUCCACCACGUCACUCGCAGCCUCAGUAUCAGCCACAAAAGGCUAAAUUGCAGGCACAACGUCCACAACAACAACCCGAGGAAGAGGAAUACGAUGAUCAAAACUCUUCCUACCAAUUCGGUUUCGACGUUAAAGACGAUGAAUUCACCAACUAUCAAAACCGCAAGGAAAUACGCGACGGUUCGGUGAUCAAAGGCAGCUAUUCCGUGGUCGAUUCGGAUGGUUUCAUACGUACCGUUAAAUACACAGCCGAUCCUAAAGAAGGUUUCAAGGCCGAAGUUAUUCGUGAGCCCACCGAUAUUGUUGUCAAAAUACCCACGCCUGCUCCGCAGCCAUUGGUGCGUCAAACUCACAAAUCGCAGGAUUAUGCGCUGAAGCCUUCGCAGCAAUAUCAUCAGCAACAGCCACAGUAUCAUCAGCAAUACCAGCAGUAGAUGGGUUUAAACGUGCCGUUGUGUGAGUUGAGCUUAGCUCACGGAUAGAGUCGAUUUUUGGUAGUCCACUUUGACUUACUAUAUUGUGGUCUAGAACCGUACGCGAUGUUCGCGCGUUGUGUGCGGUAUGUGCAUAAUAACACUUAUUUUCAUUUUCAUCAUAGGUUACACUUUAUUUAAAUCAUCCUUUGUUCGAAACAUUAUAUGGAUUGUAUGAAAUUUUAAUUUAAGUGCUUAUAGAAUUUUUUAAUCGAAAUAAAUUAAAUGAAAAAACAUGUAA